AUGUCAGUACUGGAUUAUGAGCGAGAGCUCUCUAAAUUGAGCAGGUAUGCUUUAGAAUAUGUUCCAACCGAGGCUGAUAGUUGUAAACGUUUUCUACGGGGACUGCGAGAUGAAAUCAAGAUUCAAUUGGUAAGUCUCAGAAUUAUUGAACUUGUUGAUCUAGUUGAGCGAGCAAAAAUGAUAAAACAAGUACUGGGCCUGGAUAAAAAAUCAAAAAUUGGUAAAUCAGCUGGGAAACGUAUGGGAACUACUAGUUCUAAUCCAUUACCGAGGAGAUUCAGAGAAUCAAAAAGUGACUGGAGAUCCAGCUUUAGUUCGAGAGAGGUGGUAGAAGCGGUAAAUGAUGGCGAUCAUUUCAUCCGAGAUUGUCCGAAAGGUGAAAGUGCCACACCUGUAACAUCUCAAAGAUUAGUACCUACUGUUCGUGGCAGAGGAUCUAGUAGGGGUGGUUCGGGUUCUGUGUCUAGAGGUGAAGGUGUCAGAAGAAACAACGAUAUAGUUACACAACAGUCAGAGGCCAGAGCACCGGCCAGAGCGUACGUAGUCCGGACCCGUGAGGAGGGCGAUGCACAUGAUGUUGUUACAGCUGCUUUCAUGGAUCUGAUGAACAACAUUUUCCAGCCGUACUUAGAUCAGUUUGUGGUGGUUUUCAUUGAUGAUAUAUUGGUAUAUUUGAAGAUCAAGGCAGAACAUGAUCAGCAUCUUCGAAUAGUUCUACAAAUUUUACGAGAGAAACAGCUAUAUGGAAAGCUCAGUAAAUGCGAGUUCUGGUUAUCAGAAGUGGUAUUUACGGGACAUGUAGUAUCUGCAGAUGGAAUUGAGUUGAUCCAAAAAGAUCGAAGCAAUUGUUCAUGGAAGGCGCCAAAGAAUGUAUCGAGGAACGCAGCUUUUCUCGGUUUAAUUGGGUAUUACAGAGAGGCACCGGUAUUAACAUUACCAGAGUCCGGAAAAGAUUUUGUCGUGUAUAGUGAUGCUUCUCUGAGCGGUCUAGCCUGUGUAUUGAUGCAAGAAGGGAAGGUCGUAGCUUAUUCAUCUUGA